AAGUCUUACUCCCAGGUCACAUGCCACGUGUUGGCUGUCUGGAUCAAGUUGGCACAUUCCGUCAUGCUUCCAUGGUGUGCGGGACAUCAAGGAUGAGGGACGAGGUAGCAAACAGGUGCUAGGAGUUGUUCUUCACGUACGGCAGGAGGGAGUGUCAAAAAAAUCCCCUGAGAGGAAGAAAAAAAACAGACUGCGAGUGGAAGAGAUCCACCCAAACGUUUUAAGUCAGCCAAUCCAGCUGCCUUCUUGGAAUUGGACUCCUCCCUGGCUCACCACCUGAGAGUAGAGAAACACAACCUUGCCCCAGAGACUCCGAGGCUUCAGAGAGACAACAAAUACCAGGUCUGGCGAGUGUGCUGAGCUUUGACCAAAAAGACCACCUUUGAAACGGAGCUAAAAACACAAAGUUUCGGACGGAAACCUUCGGGAGGAACGCGCCGAAAUCUUAGCAGUGCGACAUGUCUUUGACGACAAAGCUGUGAUCUCACCGAUCUGAUUGAAGAGAGAGGAUCUGCAAGACUGGACCUUAAGGACGUGUUAGGUUUUUAUGUGACAUCAUUCCAGAACCAGUUUUUCAUAAAUACAUAAUGUGGGAAUCUCUCAGCUUUUAACUGAAGACUACCGGAAAAGGGACUGGCGGAACAAUGAUGUCUUUGCAGGACUUCGGAAGCAUCGCCAGCCUGGGGGCUGAAAGCUGUACGUCGGACUAUGGCGACAGCCUCUCGCUAAGCCAAAGCCAGGACCAGGAUCUGGACGAUUGGCACCCGGGCCAGGAUGGGAUGGUCAUGGAGCACCUUGCCUCUGUGCCUUUGAACAUGUACGAUCGCAGUGACUUCAUCGGGAGAUUUUCAAAGUUGCAGUCCAGGUCCAGGAAGAGGACGAGGAUCCUCAAAGCCUCUCCGGUGGGCCUGAAGUCGCCCGCCCCGCCCGUCACCGGAAGCCUGGGAGAGAGGAAGGCUCCCGUCGCCAUGGCGCCCGUCAACGUGGACCCCGAGAGCAAGCCGGGCGAGUUCGUGUUGAAGAGCUUGUUCGCCAACUUCACCCUCCUCUCCGAGCGCAAGAUCCGUAUCAUCAUGGCGGAGCCGCUGGAGAAGCCGCUGAACAAGUCUCUGCAGAGAAGCGAGGACCCACAGUUUGACCAGCUGAUCAACACCAUGAGCUCCCUGGCAGAGUACUGCCUGCCCUCCAUCCUCAGGACUCUCUUCGACUGGUACAAGAGGCAGAACGGCCUGGAAGACGAGUCCCACGAGUACAGACCCAGAGCCAACACCAAGUCCAAAAACGACGAGCAGCAGAAGGACUACCUACUGGAGCGCAGGGACUUGGCCAUAGACUUCAUCUUCUCCCUGGUGCUCAUAGAGGUCUUGAAGCAGAUCCCCCUGCACCCCCUCCUGGAUGGACUCAUCCAAGAAGUCAUUAACUUGGCUUUCAAGCACUUCAAGUAUAAGGAGGGCUAUCUGGGGCCCAACACUGGCAACAUGCACAUGGUGGCCGACCUCUACGCUGAAGUGGUGGGAGUGGUGGCUCAGUCCAGGUUCCCUGCUGUGAGGAAGAAGUUCAUCUCGGAGCUGAAGGAGCUGAGACAGAAGGAGCAGAGCCCCUACGUCCUCCAGUCCACCAUCAGCCUCAUCAUGGGCCUCAAGUUCUUCCGCAUCAAAAUGUACCCCGUGGAGGACUUUGAGGCCUCCUUCCAGUUCAUGCAGGAGUGUGCGCAGUAUUUCCUGGAGGUGAAGGACAAAGACAUCAAACACUCGCUGGCCGGACUUUUUGUGGAGAUCCUCGUACCCGUCGCUGCCACGGUGAAGAACGAGGUGAACGUGCCGUGCCUGCGCAACUUUGUGGAGAGUCUGUACGACACCACCUUGGACCUGUCCUCCAGGAAGAAGCACUCCCUGGCCUUGUACCCCCUGGUGACGUGUCUGCUGUGCGUCAGCCAGAAGCAGCUCUUCCUCAGCCGCUGGCACGUCUUCCUCAACAACUGCCUGUCCAACCUCAAGAACAGAGACCCCAAGAUGGCCCGUGUGGCUCUGGAGUCCCUCUACCGCCUCCUGUGGGUCUACAUGAUCCGGAUAAAGUGUGAAAGCAACACAGCAACGCAAAGUCGCCUGACGUCCAUCACCUCCACUCUCUUCCCUAAAGGAAGCCGCAGCGUGGUCCCCAGAGACAUGCCGCUCAAUAUCUUUGUCAAGAUCAUCCAGUUCAUCGCGCAGGAGAGGCUGGACUUUGCCAUGAAGGAGAUCAUAUUUGACCUGCUCAGUGUUGGCAAACCUGCCAAAGCCUUCAGCCUCAACCCAGAGCGCAUGAACAUCGGCCUGCGAGCCUUCCUGGUGAUAGCCGACGCUCUGCAGCAGAAAGAUGGAGAACCUCCCAUGCCCAACACGGGAGCCACCCUGCCCUCGGGGAACUCCUUGAAAAAGAAGAAAACCUACCUCAGCAAGACCCUCACGGAGGAGGAGGCCAAGCUCAUAGGCAUGUCCUUGUACUACUCGCAGGUGAGGAAGGCCCUGGACAACAUCCUCAGGCACCUGGACAAGGAGGUGGGCCGCUGCAUGAUGCUCACCAGCGCCCAGAUGCUCAACAAGGAACCCGAGGACAUGAUCACCGGCGAGAGGAAGCCCAAAAUCGACCUGUUCCGGACCUGUGUGGCCGCCGUGCCCCGCAUCCUCCCUGACGGAAUGUCCAAACCGGAGCUCAUCGACCUCCUCUCGCGCCUCACGGUGCACAUGGACGACGAGCUGCGCCUCAUUUCCCAGAACUCCCUUCAGAGUCUGCUGCUGGACUUCUCCGACUGGAGGGAGGACGUCCUCUUCGGCUACACGCACUUCCUGUUACGUGAGGUCCAAGACACCCCCCAGGGUCUCCAGGACGCGUCCGUCAAGCUCCUGCUGCAGCUGCUCACUCAGUGGAGGCUGGCGCUUCAGCUGCAGGGCAAGACGCGAGGUGGCGGCGGCGGCGGCGUGGAGGCCAGCCCCAGGAUGUCGGAGCGAAGCCCGCACUGCUCCGUGCUCCACGCUGUGGAGGGCCUGGCCUUGCUGCUCCUCUGCUCCUGCCAGAUCAGCACCAGGAAGCUGGCGGUGGGCGUGCUCCGGGAGAUACGCUGCCUCUUCACCGCGCUCGGACACGCCGAGGAUGAUGACAAACCCAUGAUCGAGGUCAUGGACCAGCUGAGUCCAGCAGUGAUGGACAGCGUCGUUCACGUGGCCGUAUCUGACUCGUCCACUUUACCCAUGAACCACCACGUGGACCUCCAGUGGCUGGUGGAGUGGUCGGCGCGCCUGGUGAGCAGCUCCUACGACGUGAAGAGCCCCAGCCACGUGUGGAUCUUCGCCCAGUGCCUGAAGGACCCCUGGGUGCUGUGCCUGCACAUCUUCCUCAGGCAGGAGCACCUGCCCAAACACUGCCCCGUCGCCCUGGGAUACGCCUGGCCCUACGCCUUCACCCGGGUGCAGCUGCUCCUGCCGCUGGUGGACCCCAACAGCCCGGUGAACGCCAAGAAGACCAGCUCCAGCGACAACUCCAUGUCCCUGUGGAGGAACUACCUGAUCUUGUGUCUGGGCGUGGCCAAGCCCAGCAUCAUGUCGCCGGGGCACCUGCGGGCGUCCACGCCCGAGAUCAUGGCCACCACGCCGGACGGCAGCGUCACCUACGACAACAAGGUGAUCGGCACGCCGUCAGUGGCCUGGCUGCUAAAGCAACUGGUUCCACUCAUGAGAGCAGAGAGUCUGGAGAUCACCGAGUCUUUGGUCUUGGGCUUCGGGUGCACCAACGCUCUGGUCUUCAGAGAGCUCAUGGAGGAACUCCAUCCACUCAUGAAGGAGGCGCUGGAACGUCGACCCGAGAACAAGAAGCGCAGGGAGCGGAGGGAUCUUCUCCGACUGCAGCUGCUGAGGAUCUUUGAACUGCUGGCCAACGCUGGAGUCAUCAGUGACAGCACCAACGGAGCUCUGGAGCGCGACUCCCUGGCCCUGGGGGCCUUGUUCCUGGAGUACGUGGACCUGACCCGCAUGCUCCUGGAGGCCGAGAACGAGAAGGAAAUGGACGUGCUGAAAGACAUCCGAGCCCACUUCAGCGGCAUGGUGGCCAACCUCAUCCAGUGCGUGCCCGUACAGCACAGGCGCUUCCUCUUCCCGCAGCAGUCCCUUCGCCACCACCUCUUCAUCCUCUUCAGCCAGUGGGCGGGGCCCUUCAGCGUCAUGUUCACGCCCCUGGAUCGCUACAGCGACCGCAACCACCAGAUCACCCGCUACCAGUACUGCGCCCUCAAGGCCAUGUCUGCCGUGCUGUGCUGUGGUCCGGUCUUUGACAACGUGGGUCUCUCAACAGACGGCUACCUGUACAAGUGGCUGGACAACAUCUUGGCCUGCCACGACAAACGGGUGCACCGCCUGGGUUGCGAGGUGGUGAUCCUGCUCUUGGAGUUGAACCCGGACCAGAGCAACCUGUUCAACUGGGCCGUGGACCGCUGCUUCACCGGUUCCUACCAGCUGGCGUCCGGAUGCUUCAAGGCCAUCGCCACCGUUUGCGGCAACAGGAAUUACCCGUGUGACCUGGUGACCUUGCUCAACCUGGUGCUGUUCAAAGCGUCAGACACCAGCAGGGAAAUCUACGAGAUCUCCAUGCAGUUGAUGCAGGUGCUGGAGUCCAAACUGUGCGCCUACUCCAAGCGCAUGGUGGAGCAGAAGCCCGGUAACAUCCUGUACGGCACGCACGGGCCCCUGCCUCCUCUCUACAGCGUCAACCUGUCCCAGCUCUCCAUCCAGCUGGCCAGCAUGUACCCGGAGCUCACGCUGCCGCUCUUCUCCGAGGUGAGCCAGCGGUUCCCCACCACCCACUCCAACGGCCGGCAGAUCAUGCUCUCCUACCUGCUGCCCUGGCUCAGCAACAUCGAGCUGGCGGACACGGGACUGCUGCCCCCCGCCUCCAGCCCCUGCACGCCGGAGGAGGAGCCUGGCGGCCAGUCUCAGAGUCUGGGGGGCGUGGCCCUGAGCCUGAGAGGCAACGGCUGGGGCUCGCUGCAGGCCACCUCGCUGGUGCUCAACAACCUCAUGUUCAUGACCGCCAAGUACGGAGACGAGGUGCCGGGACCCGAGAUUGAGAGCGCCUGGAACGCUCUGGUGUCCAAUGAGCGCUGGAGCAACAACCUGAGGAUCACCCUGCAGUUCCUCAUCAGCUUGUGCGGCGUCAGCAGUGACACCACGCUGCUGCCCUAUAUCAAGAAGGUGGUGAUCUACCUGUGUCGCAACAACACCAUCCAGACCAUGGAGGAGCUCCUUUUCGAGCUCCAGCAGACCGACCCCGUCAACCCGGUGGUGCAGCACUGCGACAACCCACCCUUCUACCGCUUCGCCGCCAGCAACAAGGCGCCCACCUCGCAGACAGGCACCACCUCCAGCAGCAACACGGUGGUGGUGGGGCAGGAGAACCUGGCAGACCCGGAGGAGAACAAACUGGUCAGAGAGAACGACGAUCGGAGAGCCAGGGCACACAACAGGCUGGAGUCUCGCUACAGCAACAGCUCAGGAGGUUCCUACGAGGAUGAAAAGAGUGACCCCCUCCCACCGUACGCCGCCUGGCUGGUGAGCGUCCUGGAGACCAACCGCCCCCAGCCGCUGCCCAUGCCCGUCAACGGGGGCUGCUGGGCCCCCCUGGUGGACUACCUGCCAGAGACCAUCACGCCCAGGGGACCCUUGCACAGGUGCAACAUCGCGGUCAUCUUCAUGACGGAGAUGGUGGUGGAUCACAGCGUGAGAGAAGACUGGGCCUUGCACCUCCCACUGCUGCUCCACGCUCUCUUCCUGGGUCUGGACCACUACAGACCGGAGGUGUACGAGCACAGCAAGCGCCUCCUGCUGCACCUCCUCAUCACCCUCUCCUGCAACAACAACUUCCAGGUGAUCGCCUCCGUCUUGAUGCUGACCAGAGAGAUCAGCGACAACAAGACCCUCACCAUCAAGUCCGGUUACCAUAGCGACCAUCAGCACUCCAACGUGCCGGACUUCCUGCGGGAGUGGCAGACGUCCCCCGUGGCCGACUCCGGACUCUGCUCCGCCUCCAUCUCGUCCUCCGCCAGUCUGGGCGGGGGCAGCACGGCGGGCAGCGUGGGGAACCUCCCACUGGUGACGCCCGACGACCUGGAGGAGCUGGAGGACACGCCCAACGAGACGGACGAAAAGACCAACAAACUCAUCGAGUUCCUGUCCACCAGGGCGCGGGGCCCCCUGUGGACCCACGAGGACAUCACACCCAAGAACCCCAACUCCAAGAGCACGGAGCAGCUCUCCAGCUUCCUGCGCCAUGUUGUCUCUGUCUUCAAGGAGUCCAAGUCAGACUUCCACCUGGAGCAGCAGCUGAGCGACGUGGCGUUGCAGACGGCGCUCUGCAGCUCCUCCCGUCACUACGCCGGACGCUCCUUCCAGAUCUUCCGAGCCCUCAAGCAGCCCAUCAACAACCACGCCGUCUCCGACCUGGUGUCACGCCUGGUGGAGGUGGUGGGCGAGCACGGCGACGAGGUGCAGGGCUACGUGAUGGAGGUGCUGCUCACGCUGGAGUCGGUGGUGGUCAACCUGGCCGAGUGUCUGAAGAACAGCGACCUCAUGGCGGCGCUCACCAGAACCUCGUCCCCGGACUUUGUGCUGAGCGACAAGCUGAUGAACCGGAAGAGCACGGGCCAGUUGAACUUCCCCGGCCCGGGUCUGGCGUGCCUGUCGUCGCAGCGACACCAGCGCUCCUACUCCGUGCCCAAGAAGUUUGGCGAGUGCGGCUACCAGUCCAGCGACCCGCCGCGCAGCGCCACCCUGGACCGCAUACAGGCGUGCAACAGUCACGGUCUGGCCCGGGUGGGGAGGAGCCCCGGGUCCUGCACGUCCUCCACCAAUCGCAUCGACCCCAGCGUGCUGUCUGACCCCGCCCACGUGUCCCACCCCUCCUCCAUCCUGGCCACCGUCUUCUGGGUGGCCGUGUCGCUCAUGGAGUCCGACUUUGAGUUCGAGUACCAGAUGUCCCUGCGUCUGGUCCACAAGCUGCUCUCCAAGGUCCCUCUGGACCGGGCAGAGAACCGAGAGCGUCUGGAGAAGCUGCAGGCUCAGCUGCGCUGGAGCGGCUUCUCGGGCAUCCAGCAGCUGCUGCUGAAGGGCUUCACCUCCCAGGCCACCUCCGACCUCACACUGCAGCUCUUCUGCCAGCUCACGCCCGUCUCCCGCGUGCCCGUGGUGGACAGCUCCCAGUCCCUGGGGUUCCCUCUCAACGUGCUGUGUCUGCUGCCUCACCUGGUGCAGCACUUUGGACACCCCACCCAGUUCUGCAAGGAGAGUGCCGAGCGCAUCGCACAGGUGUGUUUGGUGGAGAAGACCACCAAGCUGUCCCACCUGGCACACGUGAUGACCCUGUACAAGACACGCUCCUACACCCGGGACCCCUUCUCCUGGGUGAGUGUGGUGUGCCGCUACCUGCACGAGGCCUUCUGUGACAUCACCCUCAACAUGGUCACCUACAUGGCGGAGCUGCUGGACAAAGGACUUCCCAGCAUGCAACAGUCCCUCCUGCAGAUCAUCUACUGCCUGCUGAGCCACAUGGACCUGGCCGCCGUGCAGGUCAGGCAGUUCAACGCAGACGUCACAAACACCAUCGAGAAGUUUGUCCAGACCGUGCACUGGAAGGACGCCCUGAACAUCUUGAAGCUGGUGGUGUCGCGCUCUGCCAGCCUGGUGCACCCGCCCUACGGCCAGGCCCAGGGAGACCUGUCCAACCUGGAGGUCAGCCGAGUCUGGGACGGCUCAGCCAAGGCCCUGCCCGGGAAGACCCUGGACUUCACCUUCGACAUCUCAGAGACCCCGGUGAUCGGACGCCGCUUCGACGGCCUCCAGGGUUCUGGCAUCAGGGAGGGGAAGGCCCGGGCCAUGGCGGUGACACGCAGCACAUCAUCCACCUCGUCCGGGUCCAACUCCAACACCAUCCUGGUUCCUGUCAGCUGGAGGCGCCCACAGUCCUCUCAGAAGCGGACCAGAGAGAAGCUGGUCAACGUUCUGUCCCUGUGCGGACAAGAAGUCGGACUCACCAAGAACCCCUCUGUCAUCUUCUCGUCCUGCGGCGACCUGGAAAUGAUGGAGGUACGCGAGAGCGGCGUGUCGUCGGAGGAGGGCGGGACCAGGGAAGACACCCUGGACGACACCGCCAGUGAGCAGCAGUUCCGGGUCUUCCGAGACUUCGACUUCCUGGAUGUGGAGCUGGAGGACGGAGAGGAGCUGCAGGGCGAGACCAUGGACAGCUUCAACUGGGGCGUGCGGCGCCGAUCCCUGGACAGCACGGAGCUGGGCGACCUGCUGGAGGAGAGCCAGCACUCGGGCAGCACGCCGAGCCUGGGACACGAGGACCCCCACGACUCGGAGGAGUCCUCCGAGGAAGAGGAGUCCUCCACCAGCCAGAGCCUGUCGCACUCGCAGCUGACAAAUCCGUCCCCGUCGGACGAGACCAACUCCCUGUCGACGUCGUACGACAUGUCCGCCGACCCUCACUCCUUCGGCGCCAGCACUCCAGGCCAGGGGGCGCUGCACGAGCACUUCCUGCAUGCCAGGACGUGCGGCGGUGACGACGAGGACACGCAGGCUCAGGAUGACGAUCUGUCCCUGAGCGCCCACGAGCUCCCUCCCGGCUCCGACUACGGCGAGAGCUUCACUCUGGAGUUGUUGGGGCAACCUCAGGGCGGGACGCCCCGUCUGGACCGGGACUACUGCCAACCCGCUCUGGACUGCCUGGACCCGAACAGUCUUCCCAGCUUGCGCGACGACGUCGACGAUCUGGAGGACCUCGGCUUCCCGCCGCCGCCGUCCCCGUUUUUCUCGGCCAUCUUGGCGGCGUUCCAGCCGGCGGUGUGCGACGACUCCGAGGAGGCGUGGCGGUGUCACAUCAACCAGCUGGUGGCGGACUCGGACGGUUCCUGUGCCGUCUACACCUUCCAAGUCUUCUCGUCCCUCUUCAGGAACAUCCAGGGUAAGUUCUGCACCCUAACUACCGACGUGGCCUCCUACCUCGGCGAGGGCCUCAGGGGCAUCGGCUCCAAGUUCCUCAGGUCCUCGCAGAUGCUCACCACCUGCUCGGACUGCCCCACCAUCUACAUUGACGCCGACACCAUCAUGUCUUACGGCCUCCUGGAGAAGAUGAAGUUCAGUGCACUGGAGCUGCAAGAGUAUCUGGACACCUACAACACCCGGGAGGAGGCGGCUGUCACGUGGCUGCGGAGCUGCAAGGACACAUUUCCCAGGUGCCCCGGCGACAGCGUGGUGACCUACCAACCGGGGGACUCGGAGGAGAAGCAAAUGGAGUCUCUUGCACAACUGGAGCUGUGCCAGCGCCUCUACAAGCUGCACUUCCAGCUGCUGCUGCUCUUCCAGUCCUACUGCUCGCUCAUCGGCCAGGUCCACGCCGUCAGCGCCGUGCCGGAGCUGCUCAACAUGUCCCGGGAGCUGACGGAGCUGCGGAGCAGCCUGCAGGCGGCGGAGGCGGCGGUGGCCAGCGACCUGGAGCACAAACACCUGGCUCACACCCACGCGCACGCCGCCCAGCUGGCCGCCAUGGUGGUUCCCAGCUUCCCGUCCUCGGAGGCGGCGGUGAAGGCGGUGCUGGAGUGCCUGAGGAACCACGAGUUCACCAAAGCGGUCCGCUACAUCCAAGAGUGCAGGCGGCGCUGGCCUCACGGCGUGUUUGGCGGCGGCUCGGAGAACGAGGUCCACACGCUGCUCAACGUCUACUUCCGCCACCAGACCUUGGGCCAGACCGGCACCAUCGCCCUGGUGGGCUCCCGCCAGGACCUCAGCCUCAUCUGCUCCAAGCUGCUGGAACUCAACGGGGAGAUCCGCGACAUGAUCCGCCGCGCCCAGGGCUACCGCGUGGUCACCACCUACCUCCCCGACUCCAGCGCCUCCGCCACCAGCCUCUGACGGCCGCCCACUCCUCACAGGUGGCCUCCGCCGCCGCCGCCGCCAUCCUGUCUCCUCGCCGCCUCUUUCUAGACCUCCCCUGUCCUUCCUUUCACCCUGACUUCCUCUUCCCGCCACGCCGGCGUCCCUCCAGAGGGGGUUCUCUAUCCACC